AUGAUCGUGGUGCACUGGCGCCAACAGGCAGAGGGGGAGUGGCCGGCGGGGGUUGCCUUCCCCGCGGGCCCUCCCCGUCGGCUCGAGAGGCUGUGCUGUCCCACGUGGGGCAGUGGGCGUGUACAGCUUUUCAGGCGGUGGACUCGCCGCCCCGGAGAGAAUCCGGACUGCAGCCGCGGAGCGAGACGGUUAACGGCUUCAGUCAAGAUGGCGGUGGCGGUGGCGCGAGCCUUUACCCUGCGAGGGGGGUUGUCCUUGGCCCGGCGCGGGGCACGCGGAUUGGCGGGAUCCGCCUGCCGAUGGCAGCAUGAAGAGUUCUCAUCCCUGGAUGAAAAACCCCAGUUCCCUGGUGCCUCUGCUGAGUUUGUGGAUAAGCUAGACUUCAUCAAACCCAAUGUCAUUUCUGGCAUCCCCAUCUACCGGGUAAUGGAUCGUCAAGGUCAGAUCAUCAAUGCCAGUGAGGACCCCCAGCUAUCUCAGGAGCAGGUGCUGAAGCUGUACAGGAGUAUGACUCUUCUCAACACCAUGGACCGAAUCCUCUAUGAGUCCCAGAGGCAGGGCCGGAUCUCCUUCUAUAUGACCAACUAUGGAGAGGAGGGCACCCACGUGGGCAGUGCAGCUGCCUUGGAUGACACAGACCUGGUGUUUGGGCAGUACCGGGAGGCAGGGGUGUUGAUGUACCGAGGCUACCCCCUGGACCUCUUCAUGUCUCAGUGUUACGGAAACUCAAAUGACCCGGGCAAGGGGCGCCAGAUGCCUGUCCACUAUGGCUGCAAGGAGAGAAAUUUUGUUACCAUCUCCUCCCCCCUGGCCACACAGAUCCCUCAGGCGGUUGGAGCGGCCUACGCAGCUAAGAGGGCCAAUGCCAACCAGGCCGUGAUCUGCUACUUCGGAGAGGGAGCCGCCAGUGAAGGUGAUGCCCAUGCCGGCUUCAACUUUGCUGCCACCCUGGAGUGCCCCAUCAUCUUCUUCUGUCGCAACAACGGCUACGCCAUCUCCACUCCCACCUCAGAGCAGUAUAGGGGUGAUGGCAUCGCGGCCCGAGGCCCUGGCUACGGCAUCAUGUCCAUCCGGGUAGACGGCAAUGACGUCUUUGCAGUGUACAAUGCCACCAGGGAGGCCCGGCGGCGGGCAGUGGCCGAGAACCAGCCCUUCCUCAUUGAGGCCAUGACCUACAGGAUCGGGCACCACAGCACCAGUGAUGACAGCUCUGCGUAUCGCUCUGUGGACGAAGUGAAUUAUUGGGACAAGCAAGACCACCCCAUCUCCCGGCUGCGCCACUACAUGCUGAGCCGAGGGUGGUGGGAUGAGGAGCAGGAGAAGGCCUGGAGGAAGCAGUCCAGAAAGAAGGUGAUGGAGGCCUUCGAAGAGGCCGAGCGGAAGCUGAAGCCCCGCCCCGCCCUCCUCUUCUCGGACGUGUACCAAGAGAUGCCAGCCCAGCUCCGAAAGCAGCAGGAAUCCUUGGCCCGCCACCUGCAGACCUACGGCGAGCACUACCCACUGGACCACUUUGAGAAGUGAAGGAGGGGCACGGAAAGGGCCACCGGCCCCAGACUGUGGGGAGGGCAGGGGCAGGAGCAGAGACAGGCCACCCCACCCCCACUCCCAGGUCAGAGAAGCCUGACUGGGAUCGGCCACCAGAGCUGGCCCCCUGCACUCCCAGUCCUGACCGGGUGGCCAAGAGGCUCCUCUGGGGCUGUCCCAGGCUGGGAAGGCUCAGAAAUGGUGUGCUUGGCCCGCCGGGAGUGGAAUAAAGAUUUCUUUGCA